CAUAUUGGAGAGGCCCGCCCCCUCCCAUCGCCCUUUGCUCCGCAUUAGCCGCUGCAUUCCCUUUUAGGAGCCAUGCGACUAUUGCUGCUGUUGGCCCUGAAAGCUUUGUGGGCGAGCUGGUGCCAGGCAACACAGCAUUACCCUGCCUCUUGGGGGCAUUACGAUGUGUGCAAGUCCCAGGUGUACACGGAGGAUGGCCUAGGGUGGCAUUACAUGGCUUGCCAGCCCGAAGCCACUGACAUGACUAAGUAUCUAAGAGUGACCCUGGACCCAGCCAACAUCACCUGUGGAGACCCACCCGAGAUGUACUGUGCCCUCGAGAACCCCUACAUGUGCAAUAACGAAUGCGAUGCUGCCACAGAGGAGCUCGCCCACCCACCAGAGCUGAUGUUCGACUUUGAGGGGCGAAACCCCACCACUUUCUGGCAGUCGACCUCAUGGAAGAAACACCCAAAGCCCCUACAGGUCAACAUCACACUGUCCUGGAACAAAACCAUCGAGCUGACCGACGACAUUGUCAUCACAUUCGAGUCAGGCCGGCCCGAACAGAUGGUUCUGGAAAAGUCAUUGGACUAUGGGCGCACGUGGCAGCCCUACCAGUUCUACGCCACAGACUGCCUGGACGCCUUCACCAUGGAGCCCAAGGCAGUGCACGAGCUGACACAGCACACCCUGUUGGACAUCAUCUGCACAGAGGACUACUCCCGAGGGUAUGUGUGGAAAUACGACAAGACGGUGCGCUUCGAGAUCAAAGACCGCUUCGCGCUCUUUGCCGGCCCGAGACUGCACAACAUGGCCUCUCUGUAUGGGCAACUCGACACCACUAAGAACCUGAGGGACUUCUUCACCCUGACCGACCUCCGGAUUCGGCUGCUACGGCCCGCCACGGGGGCCACUAUGGUGGACGAGAACAACCUCUCUAGAUACUUCUAUGCCAUCUCUGACAUUAAAGUGCAGGGCAGGUGCAAGUGCAAUCUCCAUGCCAAUGCGUGCAUGUUCGAGAAGGGGAAGCUGAGCUGCGAAUGUGAGCACAACACGACGGGGCCGGACUGCUCACGCUGCAAGCGUCACUACCAGGGCCGAGCGUGGAGCAUGGGCUCCUAUCUGCCCAUCCCCAAAGGCACCGCCAACAUCUGUAUUCAGAGCAACCUAGGCACAGCUGUUCGACCAAAUGUUUCAUCUCUUGGAGUUGCAAAUCGAAAUCAAGGUCGAGUGUGUGACAGCGUACUCUUGCGCUGCCAGAAUGGAGGUGUGUGUGAGCAGCAUCAGCGCUGCCGCUGCCCGCCGGCAUUCAGUGGCGUGCUGUGUGAACGUGGCCCGUGCUAUGGCGACCCAUGUGAAGAGCUCCAGUCAGGCCAGGCAGCCCUGCAUCUCGCAACCACCCGCCAGGCUCUGCUGCUGCUGCUGCUCUCUCUCAUCACCUCGCUGACGGCCACCUGGGGCCUCCUCUCACCCUAAAGCGGGUCAUCUCCAGGGGGCUCUCCAUGGGGGAUCUCAGCCCGACAUCCAGCUUGCGGACAAAGGAGGGCAAAGAACAUAUGCUAUAUAUAUAUAUAUAUUUGGCUUGAAACAAAAGAGAGGUUUUCUACUUGAUGUGUCAUCUAAAGUUUGGUGUGGUGGAAGAUGCGUGAAUUGCCGAAAGAACAAAAUAAAAAGGAGAGCACAAAAGAGAUGUUCAGGGGAAAACUCACAGCAACCCAGACAGUGGGGACUGCCAGUCCUGUCUCUGAGAACAUUAGGAAAACAACAAAUGGCCGUAUUGUUGUGAAGCUGUAACGCUGUUUCUGAAGACACACAAACACACACGCACAAACACACAAAAACAUCUCACGAUGAAUCUUUGCAGCAGCAUUCGACUCGUGAUUUACUCCCAAACUGAAAAGGAAAACAGGCAUCAUCAUACCGAGCAGGAGCCUGAGACCAAUUCAGAAAAAAAUAAGCCUUGCUUUACUUCCCAUGCAGGUACAGUCCAUUCUGUGAGUGUGUAAUGAUUUUAAUUUUUACAUGAUGCAGCUUUUUUAAAGGCUCUGUAAAGCCUAUUCAGUGUAUGACUACCAUUUCUCCAUAAUUCCUCAGUGGUAACUCUCAGAAGAAACAAUGAUAACACCAUUAACUGCUGAAAGUAUAAGUGUUUGAAAACAGACAAAGUCUGUCCCUGUGUGGAGGAUUUGCUAAGUGCAAGGGACUAGGGGAUAUCAGCAGGGGCUUAUUCUUUCUUUGGAUUGUAAUCAGGCUCCUCUUGAGGCCCUCACACCCUAGCUCUGCUCAGCGAUCCUUCUUGUCUGCCGCCUGUACUUCUGUGCACUCUGUAAGCCUCACUUCCUGUGUGCUCCAUCGAUACGGGUUCGACUGAUGUUAGGCCAGUUGUCAAAGGCCAGUGUGUCUGUUAAGCACGCAGCCAUUUCUUGUUCCAGCCACCAAAGUAGUGCGAAGAAAGUCACAUGUUUAAUUUUUCAUGUAAAGAAAUAUUUUCAUGACAGAGGAAUUUGAAAAACAGCAGUGAACAGUAUGCGGCCUUCUCAUAUUAAUCCUUGUAUUAUAAGCUCUGGAAAUGAAGUUUUAAUAUAACGCUUUAAUAUCGGCUUGGUUGUACAUUUCCGAUGUAUUACCAACCUGCCGCUGAAAGACAUACCAUUAAUUUGCAUAUUCACAAACCUACCUACCAUGAGUCAUGGGAGGCCAUUCUCAAGAUGUUGUUUGAAAGCCUGCCACAUUCUAGAAUCACAGACAACAAACUCUACUGCAUUGCACCCUGCAUUGCAUCCUGUAGGUUGUGCUCCACCACCUUUUCAUUCAGAGGUAUUCCAGGCUAUAUGGGCGUGUCCUGUCUUGUCAGUUGUUUGCACUAUGAAAUCAGCACUGCUGAAAGUAAGAGCUAAGCGAAUAAACAGGCUGCAGUGGUUUCCAGCACAAGUGAUAGAAUUUCUCUGACUUUAUAACUCCAGCCAAAAACCUCCACUGUCUAUGGGAUUUUUACAGGAAUGCAUUCCACCAGUUCUCGUGAUAUCCAGCAAACCUGGCAUACUCAAGCCUGGUUUUAAUGUGCAUCUUCCUGCUUUUGAAACGAGGUUACAGGUAAAGUCAUAACUCACGCAGGGAUUUUUGCACUACUAUUGUACUCUGAAGUCAUAUGACUGAUGGUAAAGAGAAAGGUGUGUGGCGUUCUCUUGGCCUCUUUCCUAAAUAAC